AUGAGGAGAAAAGGAAGUAUAAAAAAUUUUGAAAUGGAAGAAAUGAUUUUUAUUUUACUUAAUUGUUUAGAUGAAGAUAAAAAAUUGAACCAUGAAAUAGUAAACACAUUGAAAGUAUACAGUAUGUAUCAUAAAUGUGAAAUUUUAAAUUAUGUUUUCUCUUUUCUACAAAUACAAAAAGUGAGUCAUGAAAAUCAAAAACUAUUGCUUUAUUUAACUUACGAUUUUGUUCAUUAUUGUAUAUACGAUAAUUUCAGUGAUAUUAUCGAGAAAUAUUUUGAGGAAAAUAAGGAAAAUGAAUUAAAACAAGGAGAAAAUAAAAAAAUAGAAGAGAACAACAAUUUUAUAGAUAUAAAUAUAUUUGACAAUAUUUUAAAGUACACUUUUUUUGAUGGUGAUGAAUACUGCUUUGUUUAUACUAAUGAAUUAAGAGAACAUAACAAAAUAUUAAAAUCAUUGAAAGAUAAUGAAUUAAAAAAUAAAGUAUACAAUAAGUGUGUAAAUAUAUUUUCAUAUGAUAAAAUUGAUAAUUUGAAAUGCUUCAAAAAAGAAGAUUAUAAAAUAUAUUUAAUAAAUGAAUCAAACUGUAUGAAUAAUUUUAAAACGAAUAAUAAAGAUAUUAGCUUUGAUUUAAAUGAUAAUGCUAAUAAUAAGCAGUUUAAGAAACCAUCAGAGAUUAAUAAUAUUAUAAAAAAUAUAAUUAAUUUCAUUUUAAAUGAAAUGUUAUAUAUAAAAAGAAAUGAUGAAAGGCAUAGUAUAAUGACUCAGUUAUUAAUCUUAUGUGUAAUUAAAGAAGAUAAUUAUUUUAAAAAAAAAAUUAUUGAAAAAAUUAAUUAUUAUGUUGAAUCAAAUAACAAUAAUUCAAAUAUAUAUAUAUACCUUGAAUUAUAUAAAGAUAUAUUUAUGCAAAUACCACACUUAACUAAAAAUGUACUUAUUGAUAUUUUUAACAGCACUCUUUCAUUAGAAGAUAAUAAGCAUAUCAAUAUUAUUUAUCACAUAUUAAUUAAAAUUUUUGGUAGUAUUUAUUUCCCAUCUGUUUUAUAUAAUAUUCUUUAUAUGAAUAAGGAAUAUAAGAAAAAAAAUUUUAUAACAUCAAAUAAAAAAAAUACAAAUGUAUUUAUCGAAAAUGAUGUAAUUCAAUUAUCCUUAGAAAAUACAAGUGAAGAUACAUUUACUACUAAUACUAGGGAAUCUUCAUUGAAUUCCAAUUUUCUAAAUAAAAUUUAUAAUAAUAAUAUUUUUAAUGAUAAUAUUAAUCAAAUGAAAUUAUAUAAGAAAAAAUUAAAAAAUCAAUUUGAUAAUAAUAAUAAUAACGAAGUUAUACUUCCUAACACAAGUGCUGAAUCUUUUAAUAGUAAUAAAAGGAAUGAUUCAAUAAAUAUUAGUGAUGAUAAUCCAAAUAACCCAGUAGAAAAUAAAUUUGAAUAUAAAGGAUACAAAAAAUGUAAACAAAAUAGUAAUUAUACAAUGAAGAAAAAUUAUUUUGUUUAUUCAAAAGAAAAAAAGAAUAGAGAUAUAAAGCAAGAAUUAAAUGAAAAUAAGGAGGACUUAUAUGUUGAUGAAAAGUAUAAAUCUAAUAUAAUUAGUAAGAGAAGUUUGGAAUUUGAUAAUGAGAUAAAAGAUAAACAAGAAUUUGAAAAUGGAAAUAAAAAAUAUAAUGAUAUAUAUUACAAAAAAAAUAUAAUCACAUACGAUGAAAAACGUAAUAAAUUAAACAAUAACAGCAAUUUUACUAAUACUAGCGAAAAUUACUUUAAUAUAUUAAAUCAAAAAAUAAAUACAGUUACUCUAUUUAAAAUGGAUAAAGAAAAAUUGGAUAAUAUAAAUAUUAUAAGCACAAAACUUUUAAAUUUAUAUUUCAAUAUAAUUCUUAACAUGAAAUAUAAUAAUGAAAAUUAUAUUAAAGUUCUUUAUAUUAUAUCCAAGUUUCUACUUUAUGUAAAUAAUGAUGAAAAUAUUAAAAAAACAAUAGAAAUAUUUAUAUACUAUUUUUUAGUUUUUUUUAACUCUACAAUUAAUAAUACAAGUAUAAAUGAUCCAUCAUGUAUUUACGGUAAUGUGGAACAAAUAUUUAUAAGCUAUACAAAUCUAAAGGCAAUACCUAAUUAUAUAUUAAUAAAUAGUUUUAGAAUUAUUUUGCAAAAUUGCAUAAACAAAAUUCAUCUUAUAGUAUCAUUCACCAAUCAUAUAUUAAAGCUUUCGUAUUCUCUAUUAUAUAUAUUGAUAAAUAAAAAUUAUUCAAAUAAUAAUUCAAAAAGUAUUGUUAAAAAUAUAACAUCAAAUUCUUAUAUUUCUACAUUUAUAGAAAUUAUGGAAAUUUUUAAUAUAUUUAUAUCAUGUAUAUAUACAAAUAAUUGUGUUUUUAACUUCUUGAAAGAAAAAUUAAAAUCAAAUAAUAAAAUUGAAAUUAUAGUAUCUCUAAUUAUAUUAAAGCAAUAUAUAUUAUUAAUUUCAAGUGAUUUAAGUUGUACUAAUAUUAUUUACUUAUCGAAUCAGAAUAUUCAGCAAAAACUUACUAACUAUAAACAUUCAUUCAAAAAGCUAAAUAGUUUUAUUGAUAUUGAUCAAAAUAAUAUGAAUAUAGAAUUAAUUAUUCAAAUAAUUUCUAGUUUAUCUGAGAGAUUUAGUUAUGACUUAAAUAUUAUAUAUAUUUUACUAGAAAUUAAUUUAACAUUAUCAUAUUAUCAUUAUUUUAAUUAUUAUUCUUAUAAUCCAAAUGCUAUAUUUAGCUUAUUGCCAAAAGUUAGUAGCCCCUUAUUUAUUUUCUAUAGCAAUGAAGAUGGAAUAAUAAAAAAAAAAAAGAAAUAUAUUUCAAAGUGUAAAUCAAAAAGUAUUAGUAAUUCAAUAAAUCACUUUGAAUUAAAACAAUUAGAUUCAGAGAAAGAUAGAAAAAAUAUAUAUAGAGAUAUAUAUAGUAAAGAAGAUUCUAUAAAAAAAAAUCCAAAUACCUAUGAAAAUAAAAACUUCAAUAAUAAUAAAAAACAAAAUUGUAACUAUAAUGUACGAAACAGCAUUGAUCAUCAUGAAAAUGAAAUAAAAACAUGGAUUCUUAUACCAAAUAAAUAUAUCAUAAAUAUUUUUAAUUUUUUUUUAAAUAUUUUGUUAAGUGACGAAACAUCUUUUAAGUUGAAAAGUAAAAAAUAUGGAUAUUUUGUUAAUUGUGAUGGUAAUGUUAUAGAUAUAAAUAACCCUGAUAAUAAAAUUUUGGAAAAUGGUUUUAUUUAUAAUAAAAUAUUUUUUGAUACAUAUUUUCAUUUUUUUAUUUAUAAGACUCCCUCAGUGCAAUACGUAAAGGACUUGAUUUCAUUAGCUUUUCAAUAUAAUUUUUCUUUAUAUUCCCCAAGAAUUUUAUAUUCGCUAUUAUUAGAAUUUAUAAUAAAUAUAAAGAAUAGUCAUAAAAUUAUAUUAAUUCUUUUAAAAUCUUUAAAUAUUAUAUGUAUAUCUUUAUAUAAUAAUAUGAUUAAAAAAAAUUUAAGAAUACAUUCAAGAUUACAUUUUAAUUGUUUAGUAUUGCCUAAUAUGAGUAAAAUUUUAUCGGUUUUAUUUAUGUAUUGUUUUCAUCCAAACUUUGUCGUUUCAUUCUUGAGCUUACAACUUAUUUCUAUUUUAAUGAGCUUUACACAAAAUAAAAAUAUUAAUUCAAUUCAAAAUUUUACAUAUUUUGAAUUAAUACUUAACCUAUUACACCUAAAUGAUGAAAUAAGACUAAGCAAGAAUGCAAAAGAUAAAGGGAGUAUUUUUUUUGAGAAUAAUUUAUGUAGUAAGAAUAUUUUAACGAAUACGAAAAAAAUUAUUAAAAAAGUCUACAAAAAAUCUAAAAUAAAUUAUGCUAAAUUGAAAAGGGCGAAAUAUUAUAAUUAUAUAAUCAAAUUAUGCUAUAAAAAGAUAGCAAAAACUAUCAGUAAGAAAUUACUAAAUAUCUAUUUAAAGAACUAUACUUUUAAGCAUGAAAAUAGCAUAAAGAAUAAAGUCAAUUUAUUUAUUAAAGUUUUUUUUAACAUGAACCUAAAAAGAAUAGAUGAAAUCAUAAAUGAGCACUAUAAUAAUAAUAAUCUUUAUUUUUCAAAUAUAGAACCAAGGAGUUAUUAUUUUAUUAAAGUUAUGAGAUUAAAUCAUAUAUUUUUUAAUAGUUAUUUAAAAAGAGAGAAAGAAAAAGUUUUAAACUUUCAAAGUUAUGCUACUAUGUUUUUUUUCAUUUUAAUAGAAAUAUUAAGAAUUAUUCAGAAUAAUGUUGAAUUUGAAAAUACCCUUUUUUACUUAGGUAUUAUUAAUAUAAUGUGUGUAAUUGUUAAAUAUGUUCAUGAAAAAUUUGUUGAUAAAUUAAUCAGUAUUAUUUUUAGACUAAAUGAAGAAAUAGCUAUAAAUGAAGAAGAAAAUUUAUUUUUUAUAUUGUAUACUAAUUUUUCGCAUAUUUAUAAUACUCAUUUUUUUAAUAUAUAUAAAGAAAGAUGUACCACAACAUAUACAAAAAAGUGUAUAGAAUGUAUAAAAUUAAUAAGAAAUGAUUUUUAUGUGAAAAACACAAAUGAAAAUCAAUUAGAUUUUAAUAACUUUAUGUUGUUAUCAAACAAGUAUAAUGACACAUCAAAACAAAAAAAUAUUGAAAGUUUUCUAGAUUAUCUUAAAGAUUACCAAAUUGUCUAUGAAAAUAAUAUUACAAACAUUUUAUCUUUAUAUAUCGUAAAUAAUGAUAAAGAAACAAAUGAACAUAUCACAAACAAAACUAUAUCGUUAGAUUCUAUUGAGAAAUAUUUUUUAAAUAGUUAUGGGGCAUAUCAUUUGAAAAUAGAUUCAAUUAAUCAAAUUGAAAUAGAUAAAAAAAAAUUGGACUAUUUAGAUGAAUUAAAAAAUAGAUUAGAUGAAAAUAACGAAAUAAUAAAAAAAUCUAUAGGAUUAUUUGAAGAGAAAUUAGGUUCAUUUAUUUUACAAAAUGAUAUUAAUUUUUCUAUAAAUAAGUCUUUUAAACAGGAUAUAGCUUCUCAUUUUAUUCAAAGUUUAUUAUACGAAGAUAAUUUUUUAAAUAUUCUUUGCUUAUUAAAUAACAUAUAUUAUUCAGAUAUAGCAAACAGAAAAAGUAGUGCCUUCUCUAUAUUUGGAAAAUCAAGUGGUGUUAUUAACGCAGAAAACAUUCGCAAUACAUUGAUAUUAAGUUUAGGAUUAUGUAUGAAAAAAUCAUCUUCUAAAAUAUUUCAAGACUUAUAUAAAACUAAUGAAAUUUAUGUAAGCAAUAAAAUAUUCGAUAUUUACGUUGAAAAUAUUUACAUAGUUAUGAAAAAAAACAAUCAUAUAUUUGAAAAUAUAUUUUUUGAUAAAAAUGAAUCGUUUUUGAAUGAUUCGCAAUUGUUAAAGGAAAUGAACAAUAAAAGAGAAAAGUAUAUAACUGAUAAGUUUAAAGAUGAUAUAGAUGUAUAUAGAAAAAAUAAAAAAGCCUUUUUUUCUAGUAUUAAUAACUACAAUUAUAAUAGCCGUAUCGAUAAUACUAAUACUACUACUUUUAAUAAUAAUAAUAAUUAUAAUAUUGAUAAUGGUAAUAAUAAUAUUAAAGUUAAUAACACUGAAGAUAUAUAUAAAUGUACUUCCCCUGAAAAAGUUAGUUUGUUUACAUUUCAACUUUUAGUUGAUCCAAUUAUUCUCUCACUUUAUCAGGAAAAAGAGAUAAAUAUACAAUUAAGUUUGCUAAAGUCAUUAAAAAAUAUAUCAAAAAAAUUAAAGGGGUUGAAAAAUACAUGUAUUAAUAGUAGUAAUAAUAUAAAUUUCUCUCAGCAAAUAAAAGAUAGGGAAAUGUAUCCUGAAAAUAAUAUAACAAUUAAAGAUCAGGAGAAAACAAUUAAUGACUUUUUUUAUUAUUUUGAUAUAAAAAAUAAACAAUGUUUAAUUGAGGAUAUGUGUGAAUAUUUAAAAAGAAAUACAAAUAGUAUUAAAUUUUAUUCUUGCUUAUAUAUUUAUAAAUUUAUAAUAAUUUAUUCUGCUUUAUAUUAUCUAGAAAAUAUAUAUAACUUAAUUUUACCUAUAACUAAUAUAAAUUUCAAUUAUUUAGAAAGAUAUUCUAUUUAUUUUAAAUUUUUUAAUAGAAAUAUUAUGAACAAAAGUAAGUUUUACUUUAAAGAACAAAUAAAGAAAAAUAAUUACAAAAAUGAAACUAACAAAACUAACAAUCAUAAUAUUGAUGAAGAAUUUUUUAUUAAAGAAAUAGUAAAAUUGGAUAAAAAAAUUAAUUUAAAAAUUAAAUAUUCUUUAUCAAAUAGUAUAAUUUGUAAUGAUUACUCUUCUGAAUUAAUUAAAGAAGAUAAAUUAUUAGAAGAAUUCAAUGAGAUUGAUCAUUUAAACAUAAGCUUACAGUCAUAUGAAAUUUUAUUAAAUUCAUUGAAAACUAUAUAUUAUUCAUUAUUUAUUCGACAUCCUUUAAAUUUUCAGUCCGUUUUUAUUAUUGUAGCUAUUCUAGUUAAUUUAUUCUUAAAAAUUGUAUUGAAUGAAAAGAAAAAAAAUUAUCAGAAAUAUCAAGAAAAUGAAGAUAAAUGUAAGGUAAAACAAAAAAGUACAAAUAAAAAUGAUGUUGUUAUAAAUAAAAUAAAUAUAUAUAAUAAUAAAAAUAAAUUAGAUAAUGGCUCAUCAAACGAAAUAAAACAAAAAAUUAAUCAAUAUAAAACAGAUAGCAUAGUAUUUUCGAAUAGAUAUCAAAAAAAUUUAAGUAAAGGAAACAUAAAAGAAAAAGACACAGAAAAAUAUAAAGAAUCAUAUACUUCCCUAGAAAACACUUUCUUUAAAAAAAGUAAAAGUAAGAACUUUAUAGAAAUUGAAGAAAAAGAAACAGAAAAUUAUAGCAAAACUUAUGCUGGUAAUUAUAAUGAUGGAAAUUAUAUUAAUAAAGGUGAUGAUUGCGAUGUUAAGGAUAAAAAAGAUUAUGAUACUAUUUUUAAUGAAAAAAAUAAUAUGAUAAAAAAUGAAAGAAAAAAAUGGAAUAACAAAAAAAAAUUUGAAAGAAAUACUUCAUUAAAUAGUGAUAAUACAAGUUAUUCAAUGAAGUCUCAUGAGCAUACUACAAGAUUGAAGAAAUCAUUAAGUAUCAUAAAAAAUAGAAAAAAAACACGCAAGAAUAAAUUCAUUAAUGCAAAUAAUAAAAUAUUUUUUAAUUUGAGUGAAUUUGAAAGAAUUUCUUUAUUAUGUUUAAAUUUUAUUAUAACUAUUAUAGUAAAAAUUGUAUUAGACGUAAAUUCUUUUUUCUUUAUUUCAAGAAUAAUUAAAUACAUACAUGAUAUUUGUAUAUCAACAAAUAUAUGUGAAGUUAAAUUUUUAUCAUUUCGAACAAUAACUGAAAUAAUAAUUAAUUCUCCUUUAUGCUUUAAAAAUGAAAUAGAAAAGAAAUGUAAUGGAAAUUUUAUAAAUUCUACUGAAAAAAAUUUAGAAAAAUAUGAAGAAAAAAAAGAAACCUCUUUGAACGAAGAUAAUACUAAGAAUAACAAAAAUAAUAAAACUGAAAACGAAAUAUUAGUAAAAUCUACAAAACAAAGUGAAAAAGAAAAUAAAAACUCUAUGCCAUAUAAUUCAUCUAAUUUUGAAAAAUAUUUUAGUUUAAUUUUCUCUUCUAGCGCAAGCAUAUCAUAUGGUAAUUUGUUUGAUUUAAAUUAUAAUAGAGAAGAUAGUAGUUUAAGUAAUAAUAAAAAUAUAAAUAAAAAUAAUGUAAGUGAUCUUAAUAAAGAUAAUAUAAACAUUAAUAAUAUUAUAUAUGAAAAUUGUUGUGAUAAUGCCAAUAAUAAAUGUAUAGAAGAAAAAAAGAAUGAUAAAGAAAAAUAUAAAUAUAAUAAUGAACUUACAGAUAAUUCAUUAAAAGAAGAAAAUGGAUUUUAUAAUGAAUACGAUAAAAAUGAAAUAAAAGACAACAAUCAUUAUUUAUGUGAAUGCAUAGGUUUGUUAAUUCCUUAUAUAAGAGAUGAUGAAAAAAUAAUAAGUUAUUUUAGUAUUUGUUGCAUUUGUAUAUUAAUAGGAAAAUUAAAAAAUAUAAAGAUUGUAAGUAAUUCACAUUUUAUUUAUUUUUUUUUUAAUUCAAUAGAAGUUAUUAUAAACAUAUUAAAUAAAGUAAAUGAAAAUAAUCAUAUAUAUAGAAAAAAAUUAAUAAAAAAAAAAAAAAUGAAAAAAAAUGUUAUAAAAAAGGAAAAAAAUAAGGAUUUUGUAAAUAAUGAAAAUAAUAUAACUGAAAAUGAUAAGAUUACCUAUUCCAAAUAUUUAUUAUCUCAUAAUUAUGAAAAUUAUGUAGAGAAAAUAAAUGGAGACAAAGAAGGAAAAAUGAAUGAAAAAAUUAAUUACAUUUUAAAGGAUAGUGAUAUCGAAUAUAAAAAAAGCAUUAAACAUGAAUAUAAUGUUAAUAAAAAUAAUAAGAGGAAAUAUAGCAAUAAUGAUAAUUAUUAUAAUGUAUAUAAUAAUGAUAUUCAUAAAAAAUUUAGAUACAGAAAUAUAAGAAAUAAUAUAUAUAAUGGAGAAUUUCAUAUAAAAUUUUACAACGAUAUAAAUAGUAGGAUAAGAGAAAUAUAUAAUAACAAAUAUCAAAAUAAAUUUAUAAAAAAAUUAAGUAUUAUUAAAAGUAAUGCAAAUAAAGAAAUUAAUUUAUUUAAACUUAUUAAUAGAAUAAUUCUUGAUUUUUCUAAUGAUGAAAAAAAAUGCUACGUAAAUAUCCUUAUAGAGAGUAUUCAUAAUAAAAAUAAAACUAUUUCAAUGAACAGUUUAAAUUUACUUAUGUAUUAUGUAUUAAAUGAGAAUAUUAAUAAUUGUGAUGUGGAAAUUAUUAUGAAUAGAAUUUUUAGUGAACUAUUCUAUUAUACUAAAAUAAAUAUAUUAAAUGAAAAAAAUUUAAAAGUACUUGAAAAAAGGGAUUUAAGCAUAAAAAAAGAAAAUGAAUUAAAUAAUACAUUAAAUUUAUAUUAUGAAAUAUACAAAAAGAAAAAAAAAAAAAAGAAACAGAAUAUUAUAGAAAGAUCAUUAUAUAUAAUUUUAUUACUAUGUAAAAAUUAUUUUUAUAUGAUAAUAAGUAAAAUAUGUACCUUACAAGUUAAAUAUAAUUACGAACAUAUUUAUUUUAUAUAUAUGAUAUGUAAUAAUGAAAAUUUAUUAAAUAAAACAUUAGAUUAUUUGUUUUACAUAUUAAACAAUUUAAAUAUUCUUAAAUUGAAUAAUAAAUUAAGUAAUAUCUUAUCCUUAUUAUUUCAUUUUUGUAAAUUUAGAAAUAAAUAUAUAAAAAAUUACACAAACAAAUAUUUCAUUGAAUUAUUUUUAAUAAUAUUUUAUGUAUUAGGUGUAAAACAACUUUCUCAUUUAAACAUUAACAACAAUCUAAAUAAUGAUGGAAACAAAAAAUACCUAUUUAAUGAUAUGAAAUUUGAUAAAGCAAAUAUAUUACAAUAUAAUAAAAAAAAUGAUAAAUCAAUGAAGAACAAUUUAUAUAACAAAAAAUAUACAAUUCAAAAUGUUAGAAUUAAUAAUUCAAAAUUGUACAAAAACGAAAAAAUUGAUGAUAUUACUCUGAAUUAUGUUAAUGGAGAUAAUAAUAAUAUUACUACUAAUACUAAUAAUAAUAAUAUUACCACUACUACUACUAUUACUACUACUACUACUACUAAUAAUAAUAAUAUCAUUACUACUACUACUAAUAGUAAUAAUGUUAAUGAUGUUUAUAUACAUAAUAGAAGAAAUAACAACAAUUAUAUAAGUAAUAGUAUUAAUUUUAUUAAGGAAUAUAAUAGCUAUACAUCAAAGGAAAAAUAUAAUAAUGAUAAAAAUAAAAUAAAUAAUGAGAAUCAGAAUUUCUGUUGCGUAAAUUGUUCUGACUUUUUUUUAAAGAAAAAUAGCAUAUUUAAAAAUAAUAAUAUAAAAAAUGUAUCCAAGUAUGAAUUUAAUAAAAAAAUAUAUAAUAAUUAUAUAUAUAACAUAAGUGUAAAUAACACAUUAAAUUGCUUGAAUAUUAUAAAAGAACUGUUAAAAUUAAAUGACAAAAAGAAUCUAUUAAAUUAUUAUGAAUAUCAUAAAGUUGAGAAAUUACUAUAUUAUAAGCAUUCUUUUGAAAAUGGGUUAAUAAAAUUAAUAAGUAUAUUUUUAAAAAACAAUGAUUGUAUAAAAAUAUUUAGGUUCUUAAAUUUUUUUAUUCAAAGUGAUAAUAUAAAUUAUAUAAUUAUUUCUUUAGUAAUAUUAUCACAAAUGCCUAUAUGUAUUAAUAUAAACUUAGAAAAUUUAAAAAUAAUUGAGCCUCUGAUUAGAGUGCUAUAUUAUAUUAAUUGCAAAUAUAAAAAUAAUUUUAUAACAAAAUAUUUGCAUAUUGCAUUUACAAAUUUUUUCAUUAUAUUCAAAUAUAUUUUUAAAUAUCAAUUAAAAAAUGAUAUGGAAUGUUUCUAUUUAUUUAUAAAAGAGGAAUACACUUUGAAUAUAUUAAAUUCUUUAUUUAACAAUUUAGACAAUAAUGACAAAUCUACAACUAAAGAAACAUUAAAAGCUUUCAAAGAAGCUUGCAAAUACAAAAGUGAAUAUUGGCCAUCCUCUUUAUGCUCAUCGUUUAUCAAUUUAUUAACUUAUCCUCAUAUAAUUUUGAUCUACCUAAAUAGUAGUGAAACAAUGGAAAAAAUAUAUAUAUGUAAAAUUUUAUGCGAAAUAUUUAAAACUUUAAAAGAAGAAAAAUUGAGUAAUAAUAAUAAUGGCAAAAGUAUGUAUAAAUUAAAUAAAAAACAUUUUUAUGAAAUUACAACUUACUUAUUUAUACACUUGGUAGAUAAAAAAAAUACAGUAUCCAGAAACGUGUGGUUAGCUUUAAAAGAAUCAAUAAAAUAUAAAUUCUCUGAUUAUGUUAAUGAAACUUUACUUUUUUUUGAUAAAAAACUUUUUGUAUCUAAUAACUUAAAAUUAGACAAAGAUAAUUUUGAAGAUAAAUGUGAAAGUAAAAAUUUUAAAUCAACAACAGAAAAUAAUGCAUAUUUGAAUCAAUUUAAUAGUCAUAAUAAUUUUUCUGAUAAUAAAUUAUCAAAUAAGGAGAGAAUUAGCGAAAAUGAAAUAAAAAAAAAUAGAACAUUAAAAAAUUUCAAAUAUAAUAAAUUUAUUAGUGAAAGAAAAAUAGAAAAAGGUAAUAAUAAUAAUAGAAGUGAUAAUAACAAUUAUAAUAGUAUGAAAAAUAAUAGUAAUGAUGAUAAUAAUAGUGGUGAUUUGCAUAAUACACAAUCUAGCUCUAGUAAUGAAAGUUAUAAGAAAGGUAGAAAUAUAGGAACAUAUAAAGAAUAUAAAAAAAAAAAUAAUAAAGUAAAAAACAAAAAAAAAGGUAUUGAAAUCAAAAAGAAUGAAUCAAAUGAAAAUAGUGAAGACAGUCAAUCAAACAGUUCGAAACUAAACAAAAAUGAAAAAAUUAAUAUGCACUAUUACAAACUGUUAAUAGAAAUAUUCAUACCACUAAUAAUAUGUAUUGACACAAAAGUAUCAUAUAAUAAAAAUAUAUUUAAAGAGCUUUGUGAUUAUUUAUAUUCCAACGAAUCCCAUUUUAAUAAAUUUGAUAGUUUUUUUUUUAAAAAAAGUGAAGAUGAAUUAUAUUACAUUUUUUUUAAUCAUUUAAAGUUAAACAUAAAAAAUAUAAAUAACAUAUACCGAGCUUAUACAAUUCUAUUUAAUAGUAGAAGAUAUUUUGAUAAAAAGUUGUGGGAUAUCAAUAUACCAAUUAAUGAAGAUGUUAUAAAAAUGAUAAAAGAAUAUGAAUUAAAAAACACGAAAUCAAGAGCUGAACAUGUUUUGUUUGGUGAUUUAAAAAAUUAUACAAAAACGAAAAAAGUUAAAAUUAAGAGAGAUAAUUAUUCUCAAAAUGAUAUAUCUAAAAGUUUUACUACUAUCAUAACUAGUACCAUAUUAAAUACUUUAUCAGAAACGUUGAAUUAUUCUUAUGAUAAUUUCUUUUUUAAUAAUGAUAUUAAUAUAGAUAAUGAUAAAUAUAAAACUAUACAUAGUAAAGAUAUAAGGCGUGAAAAUGAAUACCAAAAUUAUUAUAAAAUUAAUAAGAAAAAAGAUGAUUAUAAUAAUGAUCAUAUAUUUAAAAAUGAAAAUGAAAAUGAAAAUGAUUCAAUAAAAGAAUCAUAUACUCUAUCUCAAAUGGAAUCUCAGAAUGAUUCUCAUAACAUUUCACAGAUGGAAUCACAAAACGAAUUAGAAGAUGAAUCACAAAUUGAAUCAUUUAAUGAAAACAGCCAUAAUUAUGAACAAGUGAAGAAUAAUAAAAAAGCUCAUUAUGCUAAUUUAACUGAAAUGAAAAAUUAUACAAAUAAGAAAGAUGAAACUGAUAGAGUUAUAUUUCAAAAACAGCUAAAAUUAUAUCUGAAGAAAAAUAUAACUUUUAACAGAGAUUCUGAAUAUAAUGAAAAUCAUAAUGCGAAUUCUAAUGUAGAAUCUAAUAAUGAAAACUACCAUAUUUUUAUCUCAAGUAGUGAAGAAGAAGAAUUAACAAUAAUCAACGAAAAUGAAGAAAAUAGCGAUAUAAAUGAAUAUAAAGAACUAACAAAAAAAAAAAUGAAAAAAAUACAAUUAAUAAAUAAAAGUUAUAAUUUUAUAAACCAUUUUAAAAAUGUGCAAAAUUUAGAAAUGGAUGAAAAUUUGUUAUAUUGGAUAGAAAUGCUAAAAUUUUUAAAAGAAAAACCUCAGGAGCUAAUUUCAUCCCGAGAAAUAAAAGUGAUUAACUUAACAGAAUUUUUUGAAUCUUCUUUAAUAUGUGCACUAACUGUUAUCAAAUUUGUUUCUUUAACAUUAAAUUGCAAAAAGUUACAUAAAAUUAGUUUAAAAUAUUUAAGAAAUUCAUAUAAAGGAGAACAAAAUAUUAAUGAAAAACAAAAAAUAGAAGAAAUUUUUUACUUGCAUUUAUUAUCUAUAUCAACUAAAUUAGAAGCUUUAUGUUCUUCUAUUAGCAAACAACUGUGUACCUUUUUGGAAAAUGAUAAAACAGCGCUUCAUUUACCUAUAAUUAAAUCUUUAUCUAUUUUGUCUAUAUUGAAGCCAUCCGCCUAA